UAGCCUACAGUAUAUACUAGGCUAUAUAUCUGCUAACCCUGCUAGCCCUCAAAGUUGUACCUGAUCUGGAGCUUAACUCUACAAUAUUUAGGCUUUUUUACUGAGUAGAAAAUAAUUAUUAGUCUACAUGAGCAGACACCAAAAUACUAAGAACAAGUGCAUUUGGAUGAUCAUUUCAUCUGCUUUUACAAUAAAUCAUUUGGCUACGUGCACACUAAAACAUGUUGUUUCAUUAAAUUUACUAUCCGAAAAUGUUUACUGGUUAGAAAUAUUUCGUGGCUGUGUUAGUAACAUUUUCUAUUCUCGUCUGCUGUACCGUUUCUGUGGGAGAGGGAAUCCCUAGCUAAACGUCAUUACCAAGGAUACCAAACAAAAACAUAACCCCAUAAAUGGGCACGUACGUCAGCGGAACUCCGAGGCGGGACUUCGUGUCCUUUACAAUGCUUCGCUCGUACUCCAUGGAUUCAUUCAUAAGACAAGACUCGCUUCUGUGGGCCGAGACUCUAUAUCGCUGAUCAGUUUAUCCAUAGUGGACUUUUACAUGGAUCUAUAAUUGCACAUUGGAAAAACGGACAAAGGACAUAUUUUAGCGGACUCUGAAUUGGAUCAAUGAGUUUUUAAAAUCCGGAACGUAAGGACUGUUUCCAUUGCAGCGAACUGGAUUUUAUUCUUCAUGCAACUUUUUUGGAAAGAGACCAAGAGCAUCUUACCGGAGCAGAAUAAGGAACACAUUAACGGUGACGUCACACUCAUUCCGGGAACUAUAGGUUUUUCACUCCGCUCCUCCGGGGUAAUGUUCCAAGGAUUCCCCGGUGACUUUGAUACCAUCUCCCGUGGAAGUUCGUCCCCGUCUAUUGAGUCUCAGUACCUUUCCUCCGUGGACUCCUUCGGGAGCCCGCCGGCCAGUGCCUCACAGGAUUGUGUGUCUGCUGGAGGCGGGGACGGGGUAGGCAGUGGAGGAGUGGAUAUGCCAGGCUCCUUUGUGCCCACAGUCACAGCCAUCACUAGCAGCCAGGACCUGCAGUGGAUGGUGCAGCCAACUCUCAUCUCGUCCCAGGCCUCUGGCCAAAGUGGGACCCAGUCUGUGUCCCUGGUAGACCCUUAUGAUCUGCCAGGGCCCAGUUAUUCCUCUGGCUCAGGUUUUACUCCCGCAGGCUCUGAUACCCCGGGGCAAGGCUCAGCCCCGGGCCCCAUCCGCCAGUCUAGGACUCGUAGUCGCCGUGUACGAGACGAGUCUGUGAGUGACGAUGGAGAUGUUGGUGUGUUUUUGACUUCAGAGGAGCAGGAGAAGAGGCGUGUUCGACGCGAGAGGAACAAGCUGGCAGCCGCCAAAUGCCGAAACCGCCGGCGCGAACUCACUGACCGACUGCAAGGGGAGACCGACAUCCUGGAGGAGGAGAAGUCUGAGCUGGAGGCUGAGAUCUCUGAGCUGCAGAAGGAGAAGGAGCGCCUGGAGUUUGUCCUGGUGGCUCACGAGCCCAGCUGCAAGAUCCCCUACCAGGAGCAGCAGGCCUCAGGCUCCACACAGCUCCAGCAUCAGCCCCUACUGCCCCAACAGGCCCCCGUCUCCAUCGUGGGCUUGACUGUGGAGGACACUUUCUACCUGCCUCCCGCCUACACCUCGCAGCCUUCUACUUCGCAGCAUCAGCAGCAGCCGGGGAUGAUGCAGGAGGUAGCGUUUUCUAGUUCUUUCUAUGGCUCAAGCGAGCCUGCGCCGGGUGGGCCGUGCCUGGUGGCCGACGGUGGGGGUGGUGGUCACCAUGAUGGCGCGGCCGCUGGCAGCUACAACCCUUCAUACACAUCUUCAUUUGUGUUCAGCUACCCAGAGGGAGCCUGCGGGGUCAGCGCUAACCAGAGAAACAGCAGCAGCGAGCAGUCCUCUGGUUCCCUGAACUCGCCCUCGCUGCUCGCGCUCUGACUGACCGACAGAGACACACACCACGCGCGCGCGCCCCUACGCCAAUCACUUAUAUACGGCAAAAAACAGUUGCUCAUGGUAGACGAGGUCAACAACAUGGAUGAACAUACAUUAUAUAAUGAGCCAAUCAAAAAUCGCACACAUUCAGACCGAGUAAACAUGACAUCAAGCAAAGUUUGACCACAUAGCAUUUAGUGCACACCAUUGUCCUCAUGAGGAAACUAAAUAUAACUCAUCAAGUAUUUAAAGUGAAUUCAAAUUGAGUCCAAAACUCUGGGCUCUGAGUUGUCAGUCGAUCUGUGAAAACAUUCUCCUACAUCAUACCCAGGUUAAUUCACAAUGAAUCUUUCAACGUCUUGUGACGUGCACGUACAGUGCACACAGUAAAUAGAAAACAUGCUCACCUGCGAUCCAACAGGCACACUUGUCCUCCCCGUUGUUCCCUCUGUCGGUCAUUCCUCUCUCACUGCUCCUGCUCUCAUCUUCUUCACCCCUCCUCUUCAUGCUGAAUGUAUUUGUGCAAGCGGAAAUAGGGAAGAAGGACUUAGGUUUGGGUCUUCUUUUGUGAGGCCAGACUGCUGAGCUCUUGCUCUCCCCUCCUGCCUUCCUCAUCCUCUCGGUUCCUCUUGCUUCUUCGUCGUUAGUUGUGACUUGGAAAGGGGAGGGCGUCACAGCCUCCAGCUAUUUGGCUCUCUCUCCUUUUUAUCCCGCCGUCUACUCUUCGUCCAUCUCUCCAUCUUUGUUUCUCUCCUCUCUGUCUCUCUCUCUCUGAAGUCUUCGAACCCUGAGAGCACGCAGAGCCCUUCCAGACCCUGGGACCUUGACUGAGCGCCGGCCCACCUCACACGUCCCCCUUGCCCCCCCCCCACAUGGACACGGACGCACCCCCCACUGAGGAGCCCUGGAGUGUUUCGCUCAAAGUAGAGCUUUAAAAAAAACAAAGCAACAAAACAAAACAAAAAAACCACAUUGAAAAGACACAAAAUAGGAUGGACACAAAUGCAAAAGGGUUGUCACUCUUUUCAUUCUUCUCCUGAGCCAUUGUUGGAUGUUGAAACGAUGGAGAUGAAAUGUUGCGCUGGUGAGAUGAGGACGGCAGGAGAGUGAGAGAAGAGGCUUUAGCCGAGGUAGAGGUCUAGAGGGAGAGCUGAAACUUUGGCAGAGACAAAGGAUGAGCCCCCUGUACUUUUAAACCUAAAUUGAAUUUUAACCCCCCCCCCCCCCCCCAAAAAAAUCCAGCUCUUGCCAACUGUGUGGAUGGGUUACCUCUUACUGGCAUAGUACCGCUGCCAUACUGCAAAGUCUCUUCACCCUGGGCCCACACAAAUACUCAUACCGUCGCUUUCAAGCAUCUGAAUUGUCCUUCAUUCGUUACUGAUACUAUUGUGUACAAUGUUCUUCCCCCCUCCUUUAUCACCAAGUAUUCUCUGUUGUCGUUUUUAAGUCUUACCUUUGACAGAGAAAAUGUCAUGAUUGAAAAGAAGAAAAAAAACAUUGAGAAAGGCAUGUCCUUUUGGUAAAGAGCUUUUUGUCAGACAUGAGUUUAUUGGUAUCAGAUGUGAACCAUUAUAUUUUUAUUUUAUUUUUAAAGAUACUUUUAAAAGGAAUAUUCAACCAACCUCUGAACAUUGGGAUGAGCGGCCUCGCUUCCUCUCCUAGUGGGAGGUGCAUUUAUUGUGAGUGUAUCCCACUCUGAGCCACUUGGCCCGCUUCUAUCUUUCUUUUGAUUGAGGUUGACACGAUGUUAGAGCACAAUACAGAGGCCGGACACACAGAGGAGACGAGAGGAGGGGGUGUUUGUGAGUAUGUGUUCUUCAUUCGCCUGUGAAUUUGUUCUUUUUCAUUUUCAAGUGACAUUUGUUAUGUUUUAUGUAUAAAAAAAAAAGUUUGGUUUUGUCCUCCGCUCUUACCUGUGUUGCCGAUGCCGGAUGUUUUUGUUCUUUCAGGGGUGGUUUCCCCCUUAAUGUUACUAUUAUUAUUGCAUUGUGUUGUUAUUAGAUUUUUUCAAUAUUAUGUUUGGCAACUUCAGAGGCAUGUGCACUAUCAUAAAAUGUUAUAUGUGUCAAAAGUAUACUUAAAAGCAUACGCAUAUACAUACAGAAGAUAUGUAUAUUGAAGUGUAUGUACAAUGAUUGUAAAGUAUGAAUGUUUGAAAAUAUAAAAAUGGGAUAUUUUUGUCAAUGAAGAAACAGAGGUGGUUGUUGAGGCUGGUUUUAAAAUUGAUAUUUUUCUAAAAGAACAAACAAUUAUAAUAAAUGACCGUACUUAACCAUUCCCUCAAUAUGACGCACAUGAUCACUGCCUGUGCUCAUACGUUUUAUAUAUAAAGCACAUUAUUCAUGAUAACUAUAUCUAACACGUGAUACUGCAUGUACUGCGGCUCGUCAGUAUGAUGAGAUUAUUGAGGUGGUACUAUUGCCUUUUGGCUUUUACAUUUGCCUGUCAGUCCCAAUGCCUACACCACCAAAGCUUAAUGUCACCACUUAGUCCCCUUUGGAUCCAAAAUGAGGAAACUAAUAUGAAUUGAAUGUCAAAAUACAUAUUAAAGUAUUCAUGAUGCAAAUCAUUUUUUAAUUGAAUGUUUUUUGUUGAGAAGUCUGUUAAGAGUCUAGUGUGCAUUCUUGUUCAAUAAAGUAGUUAUCAUGCGAUUCAAAUCGACAGACAUUUUUGGAGAGCUUUUACGAGAGUUGCUCUCUUUAAAAUAUUCACCUCAUAGUAGUUAUUGUUGAAAUAUCAAUGGAGGUGUGAUAGAGGGAAAAAAAUAUGUUUGGCUUAUCAUUAGAAGGGCUAAAGUCUUAGUUGUUGAAUUCAAAAGAGGGCCCCUCCAAAAUAACUGACGUGCCAGGCUUCAACUGGUAAGACAAGGGACAGGCCUCGUAUGCCCUUUUUGAAUGACGAACGUCAUAGCCUUUUCAUUUCCUUCCAUGAACCUACCAUGGCAUUGUUGAUGAUGUGUGAAAGGGGUUUUAUGCUGAUAGAUGGCACGUGUACGGAACGGUUUUGUGCCGCUACCUGUAGUACAUCGGAUGAACUUAUAAACUGUACCGCGAGCUUUCAUUCACAUAGCCCUGUACAUCCUGUUCUGGCAGGUUCACUUACAACAAGUCUUAUCAGUGAUGAGGUCCAUGGGUCCUAUUCCAUCAACAGCGCUCACAGUCUCCAGAGUUGGACAAAAACAACAAUGCCGUGGUUCUUUCACUGAACGAGAGCAUGUUUUGAAUAUUCAUGCCGACGAUAUUCUUCUUAUUUCACACCCUAAACAGGUGUCGCAUUGAUUUCUUGAAUCCCAACCGUGCAUUCUCUCAGAGAACGUUCUCUUCUACCCUUCUCUCAUCUCCGGAAAUGGCAUUUUCUGCAGUGUCCAGGCUGGUGGCCAAUACUGCCUUCACACCACCUCCCUCGUGUGAUUUGUUUAUUCACACCGUCACUGGAGGCCUACAGACAGAGGCAGAGAGAGACCGAAAGGUAAAGACAAGAGACAGAGAGAGAGGCGGAUUGAGGGAGAGAACUGAGAGGAUUAAGUCAUUUUGGACGUUCCUUUCCUAACAAUCCAAGUAGAGAUGGGCCAUGGACACAUGUAGAAACGAUGACAUAAACUCAGUAACUUUGUCGCAUCAGUGAACCUGCCUUCAUACAAAUACCUGAUAUAAGACUGACUGGAACAGACAAGAGGUCUUUGACCAUUUUUGUGAACAACAAACAAUUUGUUUUCCCCAUGGGUUGCAAACGUACGAUGUUAUGUACUGAAAUGGAGACUGAGAUGCAGUCAUAUCGUCGGAGGUAGACAUGUAGCAAGUCAUCUGAAGAACUUCAUUUACGCAGUGCCAGAAGUGUUCUGGCACUCUCUUUCUGCUACGCUAUGUGUCCAGUGUGACCAUGUAUUGCUGUGAUUUUCAGCCCCUGUUAUAAACUGUACCGCGAGCUUUCAUUCACAUAGCCCUGUAUCUAUGUUUGGGCCAAGAGGUCUUGACCUAAUUGAGUGGAGGUUGAGGGGUGGACCUUGAUUAUAAAUAUAUGAAUCUUAAAGAAAUAUUUCAAAACACUCCAUUUCUUAGCAUUUUCCUUUGAUGCCUUAUUUCUGUUAUUUCCUUCAAUAGAACCUUCGUCUUUUCCUCGAAUGCCUUCUCUAGAAAAAGAAAAAAAAUCAGACUGUAUAUGUUUGUCUUUUUCUGUGAAGCAACGGUUGCAUUGUUGUGAUCAGCAGUGACCAAUGAAAAUGGACUCAGAAAUUUAUACUCGACAUUGAGACUAUUUGUAACAGCUGAGGCCCUAAACUAAAUGGGUUUUAUUGGAGGAUAUUGAGAGGGUGCUGCAUCAGUGGUACAAACACUUUUACUCAACUGAUCGAUCUAAUGAUGGUACUUUGAUAACUACACACUUGUCCUUGUCCAAUGCAUAAAAUAAGUAUAAUAAUUGAUGAAAUGUAAUACUCAAUAGCCUUCUCUUGCUUCUGUUUCUGAAUGAAUCAAUUUACCCUCUGAUUAUAUUAUACAGUACUGUCGAUCUUUUUCAAAUGGACCAGAUGUUAUGACAGUCAAUCGGUCAUAUUUCUUUCUCUCUCCCUUUCUCUCUCUAUGUCCACCCCAUUCUAACUCCUUUCCUCCAUUCUCUCUUAUUUUACUUGAGGGGGGGGGACUUUACUCAUUGUUGUUGUUGAUAGACUGUGAAAGCUGAGUGAACGAUCCCCUCCGUAACUGAUUAUAUUACGGUCCAAAUCUUCAUUGUCGAAAAUGGCAUUCA